AUGAUUCCGCCGAAUCUGCCCAGCGGCAUUGGCGCUCCUCCUUUUGACGUCUCGCAACUCCGACGUCACCAUCGAAGCUGGGAGACUCCGGUCACUAAUCGUUGCAUCGCUGGAGCCGAAGCUCUAUCUCGCGACAAUAGCUUUUUCCCUCUCUCGCGACAAGCGGCUCUUGCUCCUUCUCACGCCAACAAUGGCUUCCACGCCUAUAACAGAUCAGUUUCUCUUUCUCUAAGAUGUUUAAUGUUUUAA